AUGAGUCGCAUGGCGGGAUUGCUCGAUCUCGAGAAGCACUUCGCCUUCUACGGUGCUUAUCACAGCAACCCGAUCAACAUUAUCAUCCACAUCAUCUUCGUUUGGCCGAUCGUCUUCACAGCCUUGCUUCUCCUCCACUCCGCGACCCCAAUUUUCGAUCUUUCUCAAUUAGGGCUUCCUCAAUCGCUGGCCCUCGACGGCGUUCUGCGAUUAAACGUCGGGUUUAUCGCCACCGUGAUCUAUGCUCUGUUCUACAUCUGCCUGGAUAAGAAAUCCGGAUUUGUAGCGGCGGUCAUUUGUUUCUCUUGCUGGGUCGGUUCCAGUUUUCUCGCUGCUCGUUUAGGAGCUUCUCUAGCCUUUAAGGUUGGAUUAGCAUCUCAGUUGUUAUGUUGGACCGGACAGUUCCUUGGCCAUGGCUUGUUCGAGAAACGAGCACCUGCGCUAUUAGACAAUAUAGCCCAAGCUUUUCUCAUGGCUCCUUUCUUCGUGUUGCUCGAGGUUCUUCAAUCGGUUUUCGGGUAUGAACCAUCUCCCGGUUUUCAAGCGCGUGUGAAUGCCAAGGUAGAAAGUGACAUUAAGGAGUACAGAGAAAAGAAGCAGAAGAAGAGCAAGAUCACAUAA